CGUAAUUAUUUAGUGCGCCGGCAUCAUAGAUAACCUAAAUCCUGGUGGCUGGAGGCCUGUGGCGAGGGACGGCGAGGCCUGACAGCACACCUUGAUCGUGAUGGCGCAAGUAAUGACUCGUCUCGGCCAGCUAGGCCUAGGCAUGGCCAUAGCCGGCGGCGUCGUAAACUCCGCCCUGUACAACGUGGACGCCGGCCACCGGGCUGUCAUCUUCGAUCGCUUCGCGGGUGUCAAAAAUGCCGUCAUUGGCGAGGGCACGCACUUCUUCAUCCCAUGGGUGCAGCGGCCCAUCAUGUUCGACAUCCGCGCGCGGCCGCGUAACGUGCCCGUCAUCACCGGAAGCAAGGACCUGCAGAACGUCAAUAUCACAUUGCGCAUCCUGUUCCGGCCAGUUGCCAACUCGCUGCCCAACAUCUACACCACGCUCGGCCAGGACUACGACGAGCGCGUGCUGCCCUCCAUAACCAACGAGGUGUUGAAGGCGGUGGUGGCGCGCUACGACGCCAGCGAGAUGAUCACACAGCGCGAGAUCGUGUCGCAGACGGUAUCGGAGGACCUGACGGAGCGUGCGCGCCAGUUCGGCCUCGUGCUGGAUGACAUCUCCAUCACGCACCUGACGUUCGGCAGGGAGUUCACGCACGCAGUCGAGAUGAAGCAGGUGGCUCAGCAGGAGGCGGAGCGCGCACGCUUCGUCGUCGAGAAGGCCGAGCAGCAGAAGAAGGCCGCCAUCAUGUCGGCCGAGGGCGACAAGGUUGCUGCUGAGCUGCUGUCCAAGGCGUUCGCCAGCGUCGGCGACGGCCUGAUCGAGCUGCGCCGGAUCGAGGCGGCCGAGGACAUCGCCUAUCAGAUGUCACAGAGCCGCAACGUGGUGUACCUGCCACAGAACCAGACAACGCUGCUCAACCUGGGCAACGUCUGAGCGGCCGAGCGCCGCAUCGGGGGCGGGCUAGGCGGCGGUGCGCCUGGACGCCGGCGCACCCCGGCCGCUUCGUCACUGCCCGGCCGCCGGGUGCGCCGGCGCCGCCCGGCCGCCCCGCUGCCGACGGCGCCACGGCUCAGCCCGCCGUUUUCGGCGAUGGGACGGGGCGUCGUUGAUUCGUGAUCGUGUAAGGCAGGAUGGUGUGGUGCUGUGCAUUGUGCGCUCUUUUGUAUGCGUGCAUGCACGGGUGAGUGAGCGUUUGGCGUUUGUCUGGGAGACCGAGACUGUGCUUUAGGUCCUGUGGAGCUGAUGGUAAUAAAUGCGACGUAGAGGCUGGUGACUUGUGAAAGUGCGAAGACCAUUUAAUGCGCUGAAUAAACCUGAACAGUUAAU